UCAUCCAUCCUCACAGCUAUUCAACAGUCUAACCUUUGUGAAGUGAUGCUGUCAUUCAAAUCUUACAAAAUUAGCCUAAAAGUUUGAAAAUGAGGUACCAAAAAAGAAAGCCUGGCACUGCACAUGCGCACUCGCAACGCUCGCACAUGGACCACCCUCUGUAAAAAAUCAGGAAGUGAAACAAAACAUUCCUGGCUUGAGCCCUGGGAAAGACAGUUAAUGAAUCAUAUUAGGAUGUAGACGUGGUCAAAUCCGGCUACAGCACAUAUGCUAUAGCUUGUUCCUCACGAGUGCUGGGAAUGAGAAUGGAGCCAUGUGAAAGUGGAGACGAAGAGACCAUGGAAACACUGGUUGCUGCGGACUCGCUUCUCACCAUGGACUGCCCUGACACCCUCUCGCUGGAACAACACUACUCCCAGACCUUCUUGCCAUCACUGGGUGAUGUCAUCACUACUCCUGUUACUCAGGUGACUGUGUCAGCAGAGGGGAUUGUGGGAGCUGUUGACCAGCCACAGUGGCACACAUUGCACACAAAGAGGCCCGCGGCACAGCUGCAGUCCAAAAAGAGAGGUAGAAAAUCUCGACAUCGAAGAGCAGAGUCUCCCACACCAGACAUUAUAGUAAAGAAGGACAAAUACAACAAAGGAGGAAACACACUGUACCUGUGGCAGUUCCUGAUGGAGUUGCUCCAGGACAGACAAGUCUGCCCCCGCUACAUCAAAUGGACUAAUCCCCAGGCAGGGAUCUUCAAGUUGGUCAACUCAAAAGCAGUGGCCAGACUCUGGGGCAAACACAAGAACAAGCCAGACAUGAAUUAUGAGACCAUGGGCAGAGCACUCAGGUACUACUACCAGAGAGGCAUCCUGAAUAAGGUCGAAGGCCAGCGGCUAGUUUACCAGUUCACCACACUUCCCAAAGACAUGAUUUACAUCACAGACGGAGACGGGGCCAAAGAGGAAGACGAUCACGACGACAACAGCUGCAACGACGAAGGUCUGAGCGAUGACUCUGAUGACAGCACAAUGUCUUCUAGUGACCAAUCAGCGGAGGAGGAAGAUUCCAUCCCACCAGAGAAGAAGACAUCGUUCAGCUCUGUGCGAGCCCCGGCUACUCAGCGGACCAGGCCAGCGCCCAAGCUCUCAGGCCAACGUGACACCGUCCUGCGGUCAGCUAGCACCAGUCUGAUCCAGGAGCAGCAUUUGCCCAUUGUGUCUGCUGAGAUGCUGCGGACCCUCCAGAACCUGCCGAAGGUCCAGUCCCUGCAGCCCGCGGGUCACGCCUCAGUCUUCAAAACGGCUCAGCUGCUGGGGAGUCUGUGCGAGCGACAGGCCUCCGCUGACAGUAGGGGUGCAGCGGAGACACCCAAUGAAAAGUCACACCCAGGACAGAAAACUUCACAAGUGGAGACUCCACAGCUGGUGCGCCUAACGAGCUCCGACCAAUAGAACAGACAGACCCAUACCCAAAACACACACAUGCACAUACACUCCAUAGACUCAGGACCAGUUGUAGAGCUGCACUUUGCUGUUGUAGCAAAUGUCUGCACACCAGGGCCUAUAUUUCUUAAGUGUCAAAGAGUGGGAGUAUUGAUCUAAGAUUCUUUUUGUAUUUGAAUUAGUAACAUUAUUGGUAACUAGGUCAGUCCUUCCUCCCUGACAUCUGAGUUCCGAUUGGCAGGAACCAAAGUCUCACAGCCUUCAAGAAGUUUACCUUCUAAGUAGAGGAAGACCGUAAAAACUCAAGUCCUUUAUCUCAGCCUUCUGUCAUUUUUAUGUAUCCGUUAAUUAUACAAGACACCAAAGACAGACAUGCACUGGAAUCUACAGCCUCUCUGCACCUUCUGCAGACACAUUCUCUGCUUGCACUUCAGCUCCAGUGUCAUGGAGCUAAUUAUCCGAUCAGCACACUGUGCCCUCUUUCUCUGCCUUUACUCUCAUUCUUGCCCACUCUUUCUUUCUUUCUUUCUUUCUUUCUUUUUUUUUUGUAUUAUCACAUGCUGAAUCAUUCCUCUGCCUUGAAAAUGACUUUGCACUAAUGUUUACCCCUGCUGUAUGUUUCUUCUCUUAAGUGCCUGAAGAUCUCAGUCCAUCCUGUCCCUGCUUCCUCUGUUCCUGGCAAUCAUGAGGUUAUGAGGGAAAACAUUCCAUAUUAUUAUUUUCUAAGAUCACUGAAUUAUAUUUGUAUUGUGAAUUAUUGAAAACAAGGGAUCACUGUUAUUUCUAGGUUAGUAAUGUAGCACUGCUGCUGUUUAUAUUUGAUGUAUCUACAGUGGACCUUCCUUUGGUUGACAAUCACCAGUGAAACGGUCUUAUAGCUGUUUAUUUAGCCGCAGUUCCUCCUGUAGAGUCACACUGCUACUAUUUAGCCUUUCUGCAAUGCACACAUUGUGUUUAGUUAUUACAUUUAUGCAAAAUGCUUAUAUGGACCUCUAAAGCCUUGAUAUCUUUAUGUUUUGUGUGUUAUGUACUGUAUGUCUGUGAACAUGCUUGACUUGUGCCUUGUUGCCAUUUUCUCCCUCAGGAUUGUAAAAUUUUGUUUUGCUGCACAGACUAUAUACUCUAUGCAAGGAGUACAAUGGCUGGCCCUUUAUAAUGAAGUAAUGCUAAGUGCAGUGUUUUCUAUUCAGUUGAUCGUAGUUUAGCCUGACAAAGCCAGCCCAAAAAAAAAAAAAAUCACUCCACAUGAAAACUGAGCUUGUAAGAUUUAGGCUGGCAUGUGUGAGGCUAACCUUGGUUAAGAGAUGCUUAUAACUGUGCCUUUGCCCCCAGGGAACCCUAUGCAAAACUUGUUUCAUUUUAUAAUGAAUUCAUUUGAAAUCCCCUCACUUUUCUUAUCUCGAGGUCUCUUUAUACUGUAAGUUUUACUGAUAUGGAUUUUGUUAGCUUUUAGCAGAGGGAGAGGUGGAGUUUUCUGUUGCUUAUUCUGGUGUGUUUGCUUUCAUACAGUCCAGAGGUGUUGAAAAGAUAAUGGUCUAUUAUAUGAAAUAAACUUAAUCAUGUCAUCA